UUCGCCCUUGUAGGGUAGCAUACAUUAUUUUAUUAUGGGGCAAGAUCUGGCGUCUCCCAGCGAAGAAUUAGAAGAGACUUUUUAAUUAUUGAAGUAGGAGAUGUGUGUGUUGUACGUGCAUAUGUGAACUUUCACUAUAAAUUAAUAAAUAAAUAAAUAAAUAAAUAAUUAAUCAAUUUUUUUUUUUUUUUAUUAAAUAAAAUUUUAAGUUUAGGCCUUCGAAGAUUGUUUUUAUUGUAAAUAUAUUUCAGUACCAUAAAAUAAGUGGAAUUUCACUGUCGGCCUUCCAAAAAUGUUAAUUUUACCCUUGUGGAACGUUAAAUAAUAAUUUUGGUACUAGUCUCAUUUAGUAAUGAGCAACAAAAAGAGCCCAUACUCCGUCUACCAUGAAUUUGGCCCAUAACGGAAAAGGCCGAAAUAUAACGAAACUUGCAAAUUCCAAAGAAUGAAAUGCGACCCCCAGCCUAAAAUUGGCGCAUGCGCACAAGGAAAUGUAAUUUUGAUGCCGGUGCUUGUGCAAAAUUUUGGUGUUUGUGUUAUUAUUAUUUUGAUAAAUGUUGUUCAUUAGAUAACAAUGUGUUGAGUUCAAUGGGCGAACUGUGUCCUAGGAAGCAUAAUGGAGGUGUCCCGAAAGCGUGCGGAAUCUCCCAUUUCACCAAAAAUAGGUGGAAAAAUUCCCAAAUUGGAUACCAACAUGGCGACUGAAAACAUUAAAAACACACUGGUGGAUGUAGGGCAACAGUUUGAUAGGUGGUGCGAGCUGAUGGUUAUUAUCGGGGCGAUAACGCACGAGGCUUUUGCACUGGAUCUGCUCAACUGGUUUGAAAGAUGCCCCAAGCUAUCAGCCGCCAGAAGAAAAAAGGGCAUUCUUCCUGUUGAAAAAAAAGAGGAAAGUGACAACACUCACAAUUCCGGUGAUGGCAUUUCUUGUGAUAAAUCAGCCAACCAGUCAGCAGCUAGUCAAAACUCUAGUCGGCCUGAGCCGAGAUCUGAAGAAUCAUAUAAAAUAACACUCAAUGAUUCCUGUUCAUCAUCACCAGUCCCAUCAUCCCUUUCUCCGUUCACAUCACAAGAUGCCACCAUCAAAGAAACAGAUGAAAAACAGUCAAAGGAAACAGAAAAAUGUGAAACGGGCACUUCUCAAGGCACGUUUCCUGUGAUGGUUAUGGCGGUACCAGGUGCCGAUGAGGCUAUUACAGCAGAUCCUAGUACAACUCUACAGUACACCAACCAGAGCACACCCAAUACUGAAAGUUCAAAGCCGAAAACGGACAGUCCAAACCAAGCUGAGAACAAAGUGUUUGGCCCACGUCAUGUCAUAGAGGCAGUGAAAAUGGUUUGUUCUGGAAACAUGUCUGUAGAGGAUGCCUCCAUUGCAUACAAAGUUCCUAGACGCACUCUAGAAAAGAAGGUGAACAGAUACAAGGCCUUUCAAGCAUGUAUUUCCACCAGUGAUGACACUGUUAUCAAUAAGGAUGGGAAACCACAAACAUCUGCUCUUGACACAGGUGACAAGCAUGAGGCAUUUGUAGCCGAGAACAGUCAGGUAUCAGUGGAGACUGAGGAGAAUGACAGUCCUUCAGCUACAUCUCGAUCUUCUAGUCCUCAAGUGUGGGUUGAAUUGUCCAAAAGUUAUAGGUCAUAUAACAGUGACAUAUUACCAGGUGUGGCCAUGUCGGUUGCUGAAGGGCAGAUUCGGUUAAUGGAAGCUUGUAAGCAAUACAAUAUACCGAAGAGUACUCUGCAGGCAAGAAUCAAACAGUACAAGAUGAAAAGGAGUUCAGCAGAUGAAUAUUCUACAAAUGAGAAUGUUGAUGACACCAAUCAUGAAGCAUGGAGCUUGCAGCAAGUUUUCCCUUCUGAUGAAGAUGUAGUAAAUCCAAGCUCAAUGAUUGCUUCAUGCAAUGCUGAACAGUUGAGGCAAGUUAUACAAGCGCUUGAUGAGGAAAAUGAAGAAAAUUGUGAUGCCAAAUUGUCUAAUUGUGGAGCAUCUGAAAAUCCAACAAUUCAGGCUUUACUAGAAGGAGGUAGUUCUAAUGAGGAGAGCAAAUCUCACAGAUACUAUAAAGUUUACAACACAGCUAUUGUGCCUUCCUUAGUCGAAAAUGUUGUUGAAGGUAAAAUGUCUUACAGUGAAGUGGUUAAUGAUUAUGGCAUACCAAGACGAACACUCCAGGCAAAAGUGAAAGCUCUGAAGGAACAGAAAUUUAAAGAGCAAGUGGUAAAUGAAAUGAAAAAAGAUAUUUGUGAAGAUCCAAACAUUAUCUCUAAUAAUUCUUCCAUUCAGAUUUUGAAUGUGCAGUCUGGUACUGAUCCUAUCGCAAUGGAGUCUGAUGAAAUGGUUCUUCAAAAGGAGUACACAGAUGCACACGGUCCAUCUAGUAAGGGAUUUUUUCAGUGUGAUGUGGAAAAUGACUCGAGCAGUGCAACUAGUGAGUCAGGGAAUAAUAUAUGUGUGGAUAUGGCUGAUCUUAGGCAUCAACAAGAGCUGAUGAAGAUACCAGGGCUCACUGGAACUGAACCAAUUAAGAAAGUGAUGAAACUAGUCGAACAAGGUAAGGUGACCAUGCAGCAGGCGGCCAGGCAUUUCAGCAUUCCUAGAUUCAUCUUGCCAAAGCCAAAUGCAGAUGGAACACCAGUAGUUCUAGAUGUUUCUUCUCCCCCUGUUGAUGACAAACCAAAGAACAAAUUUAUUUCAUCACUUUUGGCCCAAAAGUUAAAGAUGGAGGAACCUAAUUCUUCAGAUAAAUGGAUUGUUCCAAAACGACCGAUUUGUCGAGGUAGCUAUAAAACCUAUGACACUAAACUGCUACCACAAAUACUUGAUCUUGUCAUACAAGGUCACCUUUCACAGUUGGAAGCCCACAGGCAGUUCAACAUACCCAAAAGUACUCUCCAGUUUAAGCUGAAACAAAUGAAGUCUAGAAUGAAGACAGCAAGUAAUGAUUCUGUAAAUGUAGAUGAUAGCAGUUCACCAGAAGGACCAAUAGCAACAGUUAGUACUGACUCUUCUAUGGAUGAGAAUCGGACAGGAUUUAUAGAAUCGAAUGAAAAUCAGACAGGAUUUAUAGAAUCGAAUGAAAAUCAGACAGGAUUUAUAGAAUCGAAUGAGAAUACAGAGGAAAUAGAUGACACAGAAGAAUAUAUGGGUGGUGACGCAGAUCCAAGGGAUGAAGACUGGAAACCUCCAAGAACAUCUGCUUGUAAAGUGGAGUAUGUCUGGGAUGGCAAACACCAGGAAGAGGAGGAUGUGACAGACAUGCCACAAGACAUUGAGUUUGAGACUCUCAGGGAUUCGUUAGAUGAUGAUCCCAACUUGCUUCACAUUGAUAGUGAUGGAGCAGGACCAUCAACUGGAGAACUGAGUCCAAAUGCCAUCCGGACAUUCAGAGGAAACUACAAACACUACAGUGCUGAGAUUCUGAUGGAAAUUCUUCAGAGUGUUGAUCAGAGAAGGAUCACUCAGCAGCAAGCAUGUAAUCAGUAUGGGAUACCAAAAAGCACUCUUCAAUGCAAGCUGAAAGCUUACAGAGAAACAGGAUCCCUUCAAGUGUCGCCGAGGAGUCGAUAUGCUCCCCAGAAACGAGGUCACUACAAGACUUAUGAUAGUAGUCAGCUUCCCAAAAUAGCAAAGUUGGUUAAGAAUGGCAAGCUGAAGUUGAAGCAGGCAUGUAAUUUAUAUAAUAUUCCUAUGAGCACACUGCAACAAAAAAUAAAAAAGCUUGAAUCAGAGUCAGUAGAUCUGAUUGAUGUCACGGUCUCUGAAUAAAGAUGGUAUACAUUUAUAAACUUGUGAUUCAGCAUACAUUUUUUUUUUUUUAAACCUGAUGAAAUGGUUAAGUGCUUUGGAAUAAUUGUUGCAGUUAUUGUAUGUGAGAAACCCAGUGUCUUAACGAAUUAGAAUUGAUGGAAAAAUUAUAUAUACCCAUGUAUUGAAUUGGGGUUAAAAAAAACAUUAAGAUUCAUGUGGAAUCGUAAAAGUGAUCUUGGGAGUUCAUCUCAUAAUGUAACACUUCUAAUACAAAAUCUGGAAUUUGUGGUCACGGAAUUCUGCUAACUUCGUGGCCUGUAUACCACACACCACCCUGUUAGAUAUGAGGUCAUUUUAAUUACAGAUUAUUAUUUUUGGUUUGUUAAAAAAUGGUUUGGAGCUGUUGAAGGUACAUGGUUCCCUAUUCAACAUUUUACGAUAUUUUUAAUACUUAUAGCAAAUUUUCAGAUAUUUUAAACAGAAAUUAUUUUUUUAGUUUUUUUAACAUUGAAUAUUAAUUUUACACAUUUGGCAUUUUGCUUUAACUUUGAUGUUUGUAGAAGCUUAAAACUGCCCCCACCCCUAUGACUAUACUAAUAUACUGUUAUCAAAAUUUCAACAAGAAUCGUGUUAAUAUUACAGGUUUUUAAAAAAUAUUGAUACAUUUUUCUCCCCACAUGUGAUAUUACAUUAUAUUGUAAUUAAUUUUUGUUCAUAUUUUUUUUAGAUUGGCUAUAUUUUCUACAUCUUGGGCAACAUGUACCUUUAAUAUAUUUGUUCUCUGUUGUUCAGCUAAUGAAUGUUUACAACUUGGGUGUCUAGAGAAAGUGGGUUCAUUUAAUACUGUUUUUAGUGAUCACCUUAUGUCAACAUAUGGUGUUUCUGGAGAAAGCAAGUUUAUUUAUUGUUUUCAAGCUUUUCAGAUGCCUCUCUGAAGAUAAAAUAGGAAGGUCAAUGCUUUUCUUCAACUGUUUAUUUACUGUGGUCUAUUUAUAUUUUACAAUGAAUUUUUUAACCUUUGGAUAACCAUAGAUGUUAAUAAUAGCAACACAGUGCUGUUGCUUUAUUAAAUAUCACAUACCGUUUUCCAUAUUUUGUUUGAGGGGGUGAAUUUUAUUAUUUUAAAGUCAUAACUUGUUUUCAAACACAGUCUGAUGUAUUUAUAAUAAUUCCUUCCCCAAAAUUCCUUUUGCAGUUUCAUUUAUCAGUGAUUUAAUGGGAGAGAAAAUAUGUCCUGGAUAAUUUUAUUGUUUUAGCUAAAGCAUUUAAUCAUAUAAUUAAUUUAUGUUGAAAUAAAAACAAUAAAAUCAUAUAUCCAAUAUAGGGCUUGAACUUAAAAAUUUGUUACUUAUGGCAAUUUUGAAAUAUUUUUGCCACAGUCAAAAUGCUCACCGACAGCAAUUUUGAGCCUGACUUUGGCAAUUUUAAAUUGAUAACUCUUGCAACAAAUAUAAAAACCAAAAAUAGUUCCCUUAAACGAUGGCAGUAAUUUUUAUCCAUUGGCAAAAACUGCUAUCCGUGAAUUCAUAGUGCAACUACGGCAAUUACCAAUGGUGCCAUUGUUAAGUUUGAGCCCUGAAAUACAUGUAGGCUAAAAUUAUGGUGCCAUCUUACCAACUCUUAAGAAAAAUAUUGUUACUUGUAAGAAAUGUGGCAUUAGCUUGAGAUGAUAAUUAUUAUACUCCAGCUUUGUGUGAAGUAAGAAAAAAGUGCCUUAUUUACCUGUAUUUGUGUAGUAAAAAAUAUAUUUGCUGUGAAUAAUAACCUUAUGACACUGAUGUACUUUUCUGUUUGUAUAUGUAUAUAUAUAUUAUAUAUGUAUUCAAAUUAAAAACUGAAUUUUACAAAGACUAUAUUGUUUCACAAUUGACUAGACUGCAUUUGAGUUCAAACUGAAUUUAGUACAUAGUAUAAUGUAUUGUUUUACACAUGAAACUGAGCUGUGGUUGAAUUCAGACUUGAAUUCUACAGAAGCUACAUAUAAUAGUAUUAUUUGGCAUAUACAUUUUAUAAUAAAUUUAACAUAAAGCUAAACAAAACAAAAAAUGAAUUUGUUACAUUUUAUUUGAGUUAAAUUGUACAAAAUUAUUAUAUCUUUGAAUUUUUGAAAAUUAUUUUGUCAGGUUCUGGUGUAAUAGAGAAGCUUUUGUUUGGUACAUAUUGUGCUAGUUUGUCAUGAAUAUUUUCUUUGUCGUUGCCAUCAGUAAACUAGAAAAUUACAAGCAUUUACAUACUUAGAUUUGUUAAACAAUAGCAAUGAAUAUUUAAUCAUUUAGAGAGGAUUGCUACCCUGCCCCUUUACUUCCCAAAAUACAAAAUAUACAGUAAACUAAAUUUAAAUAGUUUAUUAUAUUAUUCACAUUGAGAAAACAUCUUUGGAUAGAUAGAUGGGGUUUUUUUUUUGUAAACCAUAACCUGAAAUACCAUUCAAAUUCAGUAAUAUCACCAACUGAAUUAAUAUUUCAGGGCUUCUAAAUUAUGGUAGCCCCACUGCCAUGGCUAGUGAUAUUAAGUGAUGGGCUAGUAAAUAACUACAAUUGCCAUGUCUAAUGGCUAGUUAAA